UUCAUUCAUCAGUCAGUCAGUUAUUCAUUCAUGUAUAGCCAAAGGAGAAAAAGCUGAUGUUAAGUGAGCUAUCUAUCUGCGUAAAAUCGCAAACAAUCUACAAUAUCGAAAGAAAUAAUGCAAUUUUUGGUAGCCAACGGUUUGUGUUUUGCUUUCGAUCAUUAGCCAGAAGUGUCUGGAGGUAUAGUCGCGCUAGAUCGAUUAUUCACUGCUGUAGUUGGAUUGAUUAGGUCAGAGGCAGCUUUGGCUCACCAACCUUGGGCUGUUCAUAGGGUAUGUAAGGCAGUGUCUUGUGUUUAUGUUUCAAUUUUAUGCGCAUUUGAACAAAGAGAUAGUGGCUUUAAUUCAAAAUAAACUGAAAUUUCAAGUAGGUAGCAAUUACAGUUGUGAAGUGUACCUAUUAGUUUUCAAAGUGGAUAACUAGCUACAAGACUGCAAAAUGACGAAUAUGCGACCACCGAGCAAAAAUGUAUUGCUGAAAGUGGUGAUUUUGGGCGACGGCGGGGUUGGAAAAAGUUGCCUCAUGAAUCGUUUUGUGUCCAACUUUUUUGAUGCCAACAGUUUUCACACUAUUGGAGUUGAAUUUUUGAACAAAGAUAUCCAGGUUGGAAGCGACAGAUAUACUUUACAGAUAUGGGACACCGCCGGUCAGGAGCGUUUCAAAGCACUGCGAACUCCGUUCUAUCGGGGCUCGGACAUUUGCCUGUUAGCCUACGCCGUAGACGACAAGGCCAGUUUCAGAGCACUGAUACAAUGGCGUGAGGAAUUCCUUAAGUACUAUGACGUCAAGGCUGAUCGUUUUCCGUUCAUCGUGGUGGGAACUAAAAAUGACAUUGCACCGGCUAAACGCCAGGUUACAACCGAAGAAGUGUCGGAAUGGUGCCAGGAGCAUCAUGUAGCGGCUUUCAUUGAAACAUCGGCCAAAACAUCGGUGAACGUGUAUGAAGCAUUUGCCUUGGCAGUAAAACAAUGGCAAAAGCUAGAAAAGUGCACGGAGCGAGAACUGCGCGCUCAAGGUCAUGAUACGAUAGAUUUGACGAAAGGUGUUAAUCUCAGCGCAAACACUAACCGAUUUUGCUGUAUCGGGAGUAACAACAGUGGACCAGCCGUAUCCGAUGAUGACGACUAUCCCCACUAAUGGUGUGCUUAAAUGGCUGCUAAUUUUUCAAACAAAAAGCACAACGGGAAUCAAAUGGGUAUGGUUGUUGAUCGAGAGUCGAUGACAUGUGAUAAGUAGAAAAUACCCAAAUCAGAGGGUAGUAUAAAUCGAAGCAUGAAAGGUAAGACAUAUACUCCAAUAUUUUUAUAUUAUAGCAACUUUACACCUUUGCCUGAUGGGAGAGAAACGAUUCUCAAUUUUAAACCACAAUAAAAAUCACAAUUAAAUGGCUUGACUGGUUCUAGCUACAUUGAAUAAUUUACAAAUAUAUAUGCCACACUACUGAGAAAUGAGUUUUAUGUUAAGUAGCAAUCACCAAAAUCUCACUUUGUUUAGACAGGCCAUAUAGAAUUAACAAGUGUAUAGCAUACGGAAAGGUGUAAUUCAUUUCAUUUAAACUCAGUCCCAGUACAGCCACUAUAAUAUCACGCUACAGUACAACAUUUACAUUCAUUCCCAGUUUUUUUGCGUAAAACCUAUAUCGCAAACAGUAAAUAAUCUGAGAUUGCUAAUAUAGAAAGUGCUAAAUAUCUAUGAUCAAACAGUUGAAAGCUACGUCAAUAUGACCGCUCUGCUGUCGCAGCAUUUUUCAUUGUGCAUUGUUAUUUAUGUUAUAGAGAACUUAUUGUUUUGAUAUCGUUCUUGCUCCUUUGUCAAAGUCCGGCCUAAUUACGUUCCUCCACGAUAUAAUAAAUAAGAAUUAUUGUAUAAAAGCAAAAAAAAAUCCUUUGGUUAUAAAUUAACUUAUAAUUUUAUGGUUACCUAUUGUACACCAAAAUUGUUCACCAUUGCACAUUGCACGAUUUAUCCAACAAUGGUUAAUUUAGACGAUGAAUUAUUUAUUUUAUCAUAUUUCAAGGUACUAUUAUGUAUAAAAUCUUCCAAGCAUUUGCACUUUAUCAGAGACUAAAAAAACUUUAGUAUCAUAGCUUUAGAGAAUGAAAAUGUAAUUUCUAACAAAAUAUUGUACUAUAGAUAAAAAUAAUUCAAAAGCAAUCAGCAAAUAAUAAUAAAACCAAUUUCACUAAGGA